AUGAAAAGAUUUAUUACAAAUAUUUCAAAAUAUAAUUUAUUAAAUAAUUCUAAUAAGUUAUUAAAUUUAAAUAGAAACUAUUCAAUAAUUUCAAAGCCAGCAACUACAGCACCCCAACAAUACAAAUCUUUAAAUCAAAUUUUUAAUAUAAAUAGUUAUAACAACAAUGAAAUUUUAAAGAGCCAUAAUAGAUUUUAUUGUAAAGCACCAAGUAACAAAAGUGAAGAAAUUACAGAUGCAGAAAUUGAUAUACAUAAAGAAGACGACGACCCAAAUGGCCAAUUUAAACCAUCCGAAGUUAAUGGUAUAAAAAUUGAACCAAAAUACUAUAUCGAGUUCACAUGUACAUAUGUUAAUCCAUCUGGUGAUGGUAGUGAAUGUGGUUUUGUUUCAAGAAAAACUUUUUCAAAGCAUUCUUAUCAUAAAGGUGUAGUUUUAAUUAGAUGCGAUGGUUGUAAAAAAAUUCACACAAUCGCAGAUAAUUUAGGAUGGACUGGUUAUGAAAAUGCAAAAAAUAUUGAAGAAAUUAUGAAAGAAAAGGGUGAGGAAGUUAGAAAAUAUUUAUUAAAAGGUGAAAAGAUUUUCCCACACGAUAGCGAACAAAAUGUUGAUACCGCAUCAUCUUCUGAUGGUCCAAUUUUAAUUGGUGGUACCAGUGCCACUACUACCAGCGAUAAAAAAUAA